AGGCAAUCUGGCGAUACUGGGAAAUAAAAGAAGCGGUGAGUGUGUAUGGUUUCGAGAUGCAAAUGCAUUCAUGUGCAAGUAAUGAAAUUGAGUUUGGCAAUAGCAGAAAAAAGAGGAAUAAUAGCAAAAGAUUAUUGCCCAUUAUGCACAACGCAGAGAGUGUGGUGUGGAUCAUGAGUGUUCUUAGAGUCUGUAACCCUUCCUUCCAUUCCCUUGUCAUGGGUAUCGCUUCCUCUGUUCAUGCGUUUGCAUCAUUGCCAUCAUUGGGGAGGCCAAAGUUAAAAACUUUAAGGAUCCUCUAUCAGACUAUUACUACUCACCAACCUUCUCAGAUUGUCGUUUCCCAGCUUUUCAGCCUUUCGAGUUUGAAAUGGAAGAAAAGUUCAGAUCGUGCAAUGCGUGUGACACAUGUUGCUCAUGCCACUGUAUGUGCAUAUUGAACAAGUGGCGACAACAGCGGGUGUGGGAAUUGACAACUUUACUGAUUAAACCUAUGAGGGGAGUACCUUCCUAGUUCCUAAGCAAACAAAGGGAGUCCUCAUUAGCAAAAACAGCACUAUCCAGUUAGGCUGUUGGGCAGAUGAAGUUUAUAGCUGUGCUACUUGUGACGGUGGUGAUCACAUUUGAGUUGGAUUGAAGCUGAACAUCAUUUGUAAUGCAAGAAGAAGCAUCUCCAUAAGUCUAUUGUUGUGAUUAAGAACACCAGUGUGCAAGAAUCUUGUUCAAUUGCAUUUGGCGAAUCCUUGGGGUGCCUCAGAUAAGAUGGACGGUAAAGAUAUAGUUUGUGAUAUCUGUGGGGAUGCAGGAAAUGAAGAGGAUCUUGCUAUUUGUAACAAGUGUACUGAUGGGGCAGAGCACAUUUAUUGUAUGCGUGAUAUGUUGGAGAAAGUUCCUGAAGGUGAUUGGUGGAUGUGUGAAGACUGCAAGAAGUCAGAAUGCCAAAAAUCCAAAAGUCAAGUAAAUCUUGAAUCUUCAAGUAGUGCAGAAUUAAACUCAAAAUCUUUCCAUGAUUGGAAAAGGCACACAGGUGUAAGUACUAGAUCUUAUUCAUCAGCUAACAGGCAUGGUGUCCAGUCAGAAGCCCAGUCUUUGAAGGAGGACAAAAUGAGUGCCAAAUCCUGCGACAACACCCCACUGCAGCAUAAGGACUCCUCAUACAAAACUUUUAAAGAUGGAAAAGCAAAAGAAACCAAAGAUACUACUUCUGAGCUCCAAAUUUCUUGCAAUCCUCAAGACAAAGCUAAAGCUUCUCAUGCUUUUAGUGACAAGAGAUGUGCUGACACCUUACAAGUUGAUUUAGAUAGAAAAACAAAGGCUCUUGAUACAAGUGCUGGACUCCCUAAUACGUCAACAUCACCCAAACGAUCUCCACUAGUUAGGGAGUUGCUGUCCGAAAACUUGGGGAAGGCAAAUGUGGAGCAAUCUUCCUGUGUUUAUCUGGAAAAACCCAAGUCACAUUCUCAUUCAGGCCCUCACUUGAUGUCCGGAUUGACUGGGAUUGUGGAUGUGAAAUUUGAAGGACAUCUGGACGAAGCUCGUUAUUUGCCAAUGAAAAAGCGAAAAAUUAGAGAUUUUGUGAGCAGUUCAGCAUUGGAUCUCAAUGUGAAUCUUCAAGGGGGCAUCAACAAGGUUGGAGCAACAGAUAUUCCUGAAUCUGAUGCUGUGGAUACAAGUUUUUCAGGUGACAAGGUUGAAGCACAUGGAAUUGGUGAAUCUGAUCUCGUUCUUGAUCUUAAUACUUCACUGUGGCCUGAAAGGGCAACCCCGGAAGUUGGCCCCUGUCUGCCUGUUGAGAAUGUGGAUGAUCAACCAAGCAAAGAUGUGAACGUCAAGAUGCCAACAGAAGAGAACAAAAAUGAUGACAAAGUUGAACCACAUGAGGAAAAUCUGAACAACAAUGCCGAGAGAAGUAAUACCGACAGACCUGAAUCCCUUGCUUCUCCAACAAGUGAUGAGGAACAUCUGAGCCUGCUUUAUUGGCAAGCUGUGGAAGUUUUAUCCUCUAAAUUUGGACUUUGAAUUGCACCAUGUCAAAAGCACUUGAACAUUGUUAUUCCUUUCUGCACACUGGCUCACCGUGAUAUUUAAGAUUUCCAGUAAUACAUACUCCAUAGAACAUUUGACUGUAGGAUGGAACAUGCUUCUUUGCGAUUCCCUUCGUUUGAUUUCCCUUAUUCUGGUUGUCGUCUCUUUCCAAGUAACAUUUGCAUGUGUGUUUUUUUCUGUUGAGACAUUUUCUUUAUAUACAUAUUUGCCGGCAAAGAGUUCAAAUGA